AGCUCAUCCACCAUGACCAGAACAUAAAUGGGUCUAAAGCGCCACUUCCACUGCCUGUCACGGUUCUGGUUCCGGAGGUUCUCCCUUCCAAAAAUGACUUUACUGCUCGCACUCAUAUAUGUUGUUUAUUUAUGUUUUCGGUGUAAAGUGGACUUUGGUCUGAUGAGCCGGACUGGAGGAAAAGUGCGGGUGAGUGUUUUGCCAAAUGAGGACGUGUCGGUUCCGACCCGCCCCAACGUGGUGUACAUCACUCUGAAAUCCAAGCGCCUCAAACCGGCCAACAUUCGCGGCACAAUCCGACCCAAACUGAGGAGCAAAGCGAGAAGAAUCACACGCGAACAUCAAGAGUCCAUAAACGGCAAACGGACUUACACGCGACGGAGCUCGAACCCGCCGGAGUGGAGAGCGGAAGGAACGGACCCUCCUGUGAGUCCGAUCCGGAUUUAUAGCAAGACCGCGCCACCGUGGCUCAGUGCGCGCGACGUGGCCACCAUGCGCGCUCUCGCCAGUGCCAGAGUCGUGCGCAUCCACGCGCGAGCCUCCUCCGGGCCGCUGCUGAUUUUGGAGGAGGAGCCGCAGAACAGCACUCACCUGUGCGGAGGACCGUGCGGGCUCGUCCACGACCCGGUGGACUCGGUGGAGGUGUUCGCCUUCCAUUUGGACCGAGUGCUCGGAGUUAACAGGACUUUGCCGGCCGUGAGCAGGAAGGUGGCCUUCUUACACGAUGGCCAGCCCAGUCCUGUAGUGGCAUGGAAACCCUCGCUCUACCCAGAUGACGCUGUGAGGUUAACUUGGGGCGAGUACCAGCGAUCACUAAAACAGAGGUGCUGGCUGAAGAAUAUCACUCCGAAGCCAGCCUCCAGCUGCUCUACCAUCCAUCACUUUGAGUGGAGCAAAAUGGCACUCUUUGAUUUCCUCCUGCAGAUUCACAACCGUCUGGAUCCGAGCUGCUGUGGCUUCAGUCCCCGGCAGCAGGACGCUUGCUACGAAGCCAGCCGCCAUCUUGAAUGCGCAGACCAGGACCGGAUCAAACUGGCAAACAUCGUGCACAGGGGCCAGGACCCCCGGCAUCUGGUCCUCACUGCCAACAAGGGCUACUUUGACCGCAGCGAGGACAACCUAGACUUCAGGCUACUGGAAGGAAUCAAAGAGCUUCCUGAGCGGUCCGUGUCGGUGCUGAAGAGCGGGAGGCUGAGGGAGAAGCUCCUGCAGUCGCUCUUCCUGGACCAGACCUACUGGGAGAGCCGGGGCGGCCGAACGGGCAUCGACAAGCUCAUUGACGUCAUCGAGAGACGGGCCCAGGUCCUCCUUACGUACGCCAACGCGCACGGCAUUGCGGCGGUGGCCAUGAGCGAGUGAUGGGACAGUAACUAGGACUGAAAGAACCUUGUUGGCGUUCACUUUGUCUACUUUCCUGUCCCGUUGUGAACCCAAAUGCGGCCAUCUUUAACUUCAUGCUAAUUAUCACCUUCUUUUUGUCUUAUCUCCAUUAUUUGCUCUCUGGAAUUAAUGUGCUGAUAAAAGGUUACAGUCACACGGCGUGCCAUCUGGCGUGAUUUAUGACAAACAACACACUUUGCAUUUUUCAGAAAUAAAAGAGACCUUUCAUCAUCUGAUUAGCAACGAUUAGCAAAGAAACAUUAUCUACAACAAAAUAGAUAUUGUAUAAAGUUCACUGUUGGCGUUAACUUUGUGUCUUUUUACGCAUUGAAAUCAGAAAAGACGCACAUUUCUGGAAGUCUGGGCGUGCCCGGUACGCAAUUUAUUUACCUUUUUUCUCCGGGUCAAAACUCCGGUGUACUUGUUUUUUUAUUGAUUAUCACUUUCCGCCGGUGUUUUGUUUUGUUUAUAUUUGUCAAAUUUCCGUCCCCGUUUAUUGUGUUUUUAUUGGUCGACUUCAAAGUAAUGAACUUUGCGGUACAAUUUCUUAAAUUCUGAUUCGCCAAAAGUUUUAUCAAUCACAAAUACUGCAUUUCCGGUAUUAGGACUCCCGCGUGUAAACACCUUUACGACCAGGUGCUCUAAUUUUCAAAGAUCCAGCCUCAUCAGGCACCAAGAAACAUCAUGAGGACAACAGGCGCCGGUUCCGGACACUACGGCUGGAUCAGGAGGAGCGGCCUUUCGCACUGGGACAGCAGCUGAGGGACGCGGCGGAGCGCUGGCUUCAACCAGGACAGGUCGGUGACGUCAUAGAACUAAUCAUUAUGGAACAAUUUCUAGAGGCGAUCCCGGCGUUGGCAUCCUCGUGGGUCCGCUACCACCGCCCACUGGACUUGUCAGCGGCAGUGACGUUGGCGGAGGACCACCUGGCGGGUGAAGGAAGGAGAAGAAGGCCACGGAAGCAGCGGAGCGUCCAGUUCCGGCGCCACGCAGGUUGCGUGCGCCACCGGCCGAGGGAGCCCAGCCGUGGCCACGGCUUCGAAACAACCCUGCUGUGCUUUCUUUCCCUCAGGUCCCGGCCGCUGCCGACGCUGUGUGUCCCCCGCAAAUUGCGCCUCGAAUGCCUGGGCAGGCGUGCUGGAGGUGUGGGCGGCUCGGACACCUGCAGCGGGAAUGUCCAUCGAUGGAAGUGGGGCAGGUGAUUCGGGUUGCCGACCCUUCGGUGCCCUCCCCAGGGCCAGGGGAGGUGUACUAUGUACCGGUAAGAAUACAAGGGAGUAUACACCGGGCGAUGGUGGAUUCGGGCUGCGAGCAGUCCAUGAUUCACCAAAACGUGGUUCGACCUGGGGCAUUGAAAAAGGUUACACAGGUGCGGGUUAAAUGUGUGCAUGGGGAUAUUCACGAUUACCCUAUCGUGCCGGUGGAAAUGUUUUUCAAAGAGGGAAAAUAUAAUGUUAAUGUGGCUGUAAGUUCGCGCCUGGCGCACCCCUUAAUCUUGGGAACCAAUUGGCCGGGGUUUAACGGGUUAAUAAAGCAGUUCGCAGGGGUGCGUUCACGACCGGUAGGGAAAGGGGAUAGCCGCGCUGUUCUCACCGGCGACGCAAGAUUAUCGGACACU